AUGGGCAGUGCUGAAGACCCAGCCUGGCUCCAGCUGCUUCAGAAGGACCCCAGCCCCCCAGGACAGCAGCCCACAGCCCUCUCCCGCCCACAGGAUGGGAGCCUGGGGGCUGGGGGCCCAGCCAUGAGGGAAUGCUGCCCCUCCCAGCAAAAGGCCAGCUCUGCACCCCCCAGACACUCCCCUGACCAAGGCCCAGGCAUGGACUCUAGACACAGCAGCCCCAGUGGGGCUGUGGAAGGUGCCUCCUGCUCUGAGGCCCCUGGUGGGAACUUGGCCUGCCCUUCCCCAACCUGCAUCCCUCCCCAAGAGGCAGCCAUCCAGGGGACACUGGGGAUCCACGAAGCCCUGACCUCAGGGACCCCAGAAACCACCUUCUCUGUGAAGCCAGGGGUUUCGAAGGCAGAGCCUGUGUCCUCAGUAAAACUUGAUCCCACAUCUUCAGAGAAUAGAAGUCCUAUGUUCUUGGAAAAGAUGGAUUCCAAGUCUUCAAAGAAGGCAGAUUCCACUUCCACAGCCAAGGAAGAUGCUGGGUCCUCAAGGAAGACAGAUCCCAUAGUUACAGCACAGACAGAGCCUACCAUCCUGGGAAAAGGGGAUCCUGUGUCUUCUGGAAAGAUGGAUCCUGGAUCCUUGGGAAAGGAGGAUUGUAUGUCCUCUAGAAAAGUGAAUACAGUGUCCCCAAGGAAGGAGGAUCCUGGGUCUUUGAGAAAGGUGGAUCCUGUGUCCUCGGGCAAAGUGGAGCCUGCAUUGCCAAGAAAAGAGGAUCCCGGGUGCUCAGGAAAAGAGCACCCGGUGUCCUCAGAAAAGGUGGGUUCUGCAUCCUUAGGAAACGUGGAUCCCAUGUCCCUGGAAAACAUGGGUUCUGCUUCUGCAGAAAAGACAGAUCCUGGGUCCUUGGGAAAGGUGACUCCAGGAUCCUCAGGCAAGAUAGAACUUGUAUCAUCUGGGACAGUGGAACCUGGGUCCUCAGGAAGGGGGGAUCCUACAGGCUUGGGGAUGGCAGAUCUUAUACCUGUGGGAAAUGCAGAAAUUGUGUCCUCCACAAAAGAGGACCCCAAGUUCCUAGGAAAGAUGGAUCCUGCCUCCUCAGGAAACGGGGAUCCUAUGUCUAUGAGAAUGAUGAAAACUCUAUCUGCUGGGCAAAUGGAUCCUGUGUUUUCAGGAAAGAUGGAUCCCACAUCUUUGAAAACUGUGGAGCCCAUGUCUUCAGAUAAGGUGGGUUCUGUUUUCUUGGGAAAGGUCGGUCCUGUGUCCUCGGGAAAGCCAGAGUCCUUGUCUUCUGCGCAGGCCAAGCCUGUAUCUGUGGAAAAGUCAGACACUCCAUCCUCAGGAAAAGAGGUCCCCGUGACCUCCAGGAAGGUGGAUCCCAUUUCUGUGGGAAAUAUAAAAGCAUCAUUUUAUGGAAAAGUGAAUCCUGAAUCCUUGGGGAAGAAAGACCCCUUGUCCUCAGGUCCAGGGGAUCCCAAGUCCUUGGGGACUGCAGGGGCCCCAUCUUCAGUAAAACCUGAGGCAGUGACUGGGAUCGGAGUGGGACCACUGUCCUCGGAGAAGGCAGAUCCUGUGGCCUCUGGGAAGGCUGAGUCCCUGGCUUUGGGCAAGGUGGAACGGGUAGAGACCAGGGGAGAGGCAGAAGCUGGCCCUUCUGGAGAAGUGGACUCUGUGUCUUCAGGAAAGGUGGACCCCAGUACUCCAGGAAAAACAGUCCCUGUGUCCUUGGGGAAGGGGGAUCCCAUGUCCUCAGGAAAAGCAGGAGCUGUCCCAGAGAGAAAGGUGGAUCCUCUGCCUCCAGAGAAAGGGGAUUCUGGGAACUCCAGAAAAGUGGAUCCCAGUGCCUCAGGGAAAGCAGAGCUGACCUCUGAGGGCAAAGCAGAACCGAUGCCCCCUGGGAAAGAGGCUGCAGUCUCAUCAGGAAAAGCAGAGGCCGUGUGUUCACAGAACGAGAAGCCGCUGGCCUCGGUGAAUCCCGGCUCCUCGGGAAAAGCAGACCCCAUUGCUUCUGGGAAGGUGGCUCCUCUGGGGAAGGCACCCUCUGCGUCUCCAAGAAAACCAGAAACUCCAGCCUUGGGGAAGGUGGUCCCCACGACUCUGGAGAAAGUCGAGGGCUUCUCCUUCAGGCAGUCAGAUGGCAAGUCCCACGGUGCAGCCCCUUCCCCAGAGGGUGUCGGGAGCGGCAGAGGCAGCACAGAGCCAGAGCCCGCCCUCCGCAUCGAGGCUUCCAGCCUCGGCCCGAAAGACCCGGCGGUGGCCCGGGCGACGAAAAGCCCUGGCUCCGAGGCCACAGCGACCCCGUCCGGGCAGCGGACUCGCGACAACUUCACCAAGGCGCCAUCGUGGGAGGCUAGCGUACUUCCGCCGCCGCGCGAGGACGCGGGCACGCAGGCGGGCGCGGAGGCCUGUGUCUCAGUGGCCGUGAGCCCCAUGUCUCCGCAGGACAGCGCGGGCGACCCGGCCUUCAGCUUCCAGGCGGCUCCCCGCGCGCCGAGCCCCGCGCCCAGGCCGCCCUUGCGCCGGGACGCAGGCCUGCAGGUGUCGCUGGGCGCCGCCGAGACACGGUCAGUGGCCACCGGGCCCAUGACGCCGCAGGCCGCUGCACCGCCCGCCUUCCCCGAGGUGCGGGUGCGGCCCGGUUCGGCGCUGGCGGCCGCCGUGGCGCCCCCCGAGGCGGCCGAGCCUGUGCGCGACGUGAGCUGGGACGAAAAGGGUAUGACCUGGGAGGUGUAUGGCGCUGCUAUGGAGGUGGAGGUGCUGGGCAUGGCCAUCCAGAAGCACUUGGAGCGGCAGAUCGAGGAGCACGGCCGCCAAGGGGCGCCAGCACCCCCUUCCACCUCCCGCCCAGGCCUGGGCCGCUCGGGCUCUGUGCGCGCCGCUCCCCCCGAGGGCGCGGCCAAGCGUCCGCCUGGCCUCUUCCGCGCGCUGCUGCAGAGUGUGCGGCGGCCGCGGUGCUGCUCGCGGGCCGGACCCACGGCUGAGUGAUCCGCGCCUCCUUUGUAUGCCGACGCCCGGGUUUCCAACCUCAGGCUCCUUUCUGGACCCAGGCCUCUAGAAAGGAUCCCCUCGGCGCGCGCCAGACCCUAAGGGGUGGGCAGCCUCUAGGUUCCUUCUCAACCCCUUCUUUCCAGCCCACUUUCCUCCCAGACUCAAACACUGAACCCCCCUCUACCCAGAUCCCUCGUGGCCAUGAGCCCACGAACCCAGCCCUGAUGCCUCAUUGCCCCCUCACAGCCCUCAGUUCCACUCCUGGUCACACUGGGCUACCAUGGGGACCUGUGCAACACCCCAUCCUCAUCCCUCAGAGCCAGGCAGGCUACUGAGUUGUUCAGACUGGUGUGUUGAGGCCUGAAGCAGGGCCAGGUCCCCAGAGUGGGAAAGACCGUGAGUACAAAUCUGUGAGUGGGCAAAGCUCCAAGUGUGCAAGGGUUGUUGUUUGGGAUCUUGAGGGCGCAAGGCUCCGAAUGUGUGGCCCUGGGCGUGUGAGGCUCUGAAAGAGUGAGUGUGUCCAUGUGGUGGGCUGGCCCCCAGGGCGUGGACGACUCCUGCAUGCUGUUGGUAGACCUUCCCCAAUUCACCUGUACCCACCAGCCCAGUCCCCCUCCCCUGUCUCCUCCUUGCAUCUGGUCUGGUUCACAAUUCCCAGAUAGGCCAAAGGCAGUGCAGGACGUGCCCUGGGGGCUUAGCUGAGAGGGAGAGUCGAAGAAACGUCAGAGGGUCUCAGACAGGCCAGGAGGUCACAGAGGCUCAUGGAAGGUCUCAGGCCACAGGCAGCCUGGUGACCGAUGGGGACAGUAUGGAGAGCUCAUUCUAUAACAGCUGUCCUUUAAAGGCCACCCUCUGCAGCCCUGUGUUCCCCCUGUGCUGUUAGCCCCCACAAGUCCCUUGUGACCACUCAGUCCCCUGCCCCCCCCAGCCAUGGUUUUUGACUACAAGCUGUCACAGUAUACAUUGGUAAUAAAAUCUUUCCCCGACCCUUAUCUGUUCUGAUUGGCUAAAAGCAGAAGAGGGCAGGGCAACAAGAUAUAUUUUUGUACCCAGAGAGGGAUAGGUA